AUGUAUCAUCCUCAUUGCCUCCUCCUAAUCUUAACCGCCUUGUUGUAUCUUUUGGUUGCUGCCACUGCGUAUGGAGUAGGAGAAGGAGGAGAAGAGCACCAUUACCCAUCCAAGUACCAGCCUCUGAGGGGUGGGUAUUACCCCAUUGAAAACUUGAACGACCCACAUUUGAGGGAGAUCGCGGAGUUCGCCGUCUCCGAGUACGACAAGAUUCAUGACCAAAAAUUGGUGUUCCAAAAGUUGGUUCGAGGAGAGUCUCAAACAAUAGCAGGAAUCAAUUACAAGCUUGUCAUUGAGGUUACGGAUUCUUCUUCGGUCAAUAGCGGCCCCAUCAACUAUGAGAUUAUUGUGUUCGAGGAUCUUUCGAGGACUACUAAAUUGGAGUCCUUUGUUCGAGUCCAAAACUAA